AUGUCCGUGCCUCAGACCACCGCGCAAGCGCUUGCGCAGUGCUUUCGCGAGCUGGCUACUCGGCAAUCCGGUCAAAACGCUCGGGAAGAUACCUACAAUGCGGCGAAUUUUAUGCUAGUGGAUGCGCUCCAUACAACAAACCGUCUCGGGAUGCCUGCUUACUCUGACGCUAAGAUCUCGCUCGUCAUGUGGCAGUUGAUGGAGAUCGCGUCGCGAGACGUAGCGCACGGAGACGCCCACCGCAAGCUAGAGCGACUCUUCUCCCCUUGUCAAGAACUCGAUGAGUGUCUGGGCGACAUCAUCGCGCAAACACCGCGCUUGCGUGGUAUCUUCGCCGAGAUCCCGACGGUCGACGACGCAAAACUAUUUACCGCUGAUUACAAGCUGGAAAGACGUCCGCGGCAACGGCCGCAAUCUCAAACGACGGCACUCGAGCCGGCACCCCGAAACGCCAGGACUCGUGAACCCCUGGUGGAUGACAAGAUGGACAUCGUCGCAGAGUUAUGCAGAUAUAUGCAGACCUUCGUCGCACUGCUUGGGAAGAUCGUACGACAUGAAGCACGUUUAAGACGUGUUUGCGAGCGCAUGAAUCUCUACAUGUCAAACAACGAGCUUUACGAAGGCAAGGGGACGUUGAGUGCCGGCGGCAUAUUGACUAUGCUCUACUUACUCCGUGCAUCUCUCGUUCACGGCGUGCGCGAAGGUAUCCUCUCGGAUGACCUUGUUCUACGUAUGCUCUCCCAUUUCAUCGUAUGGAUCGCGAUGAUACCCGAGUCCGGCGAGAUUGGUCUCCACGGCAUCUAUGUGAUGCACUUGAUAUGGAAUGUCCUCAGGCCCGCGAUUCCCUUCGAGUCGAUGUCCGACGCGCAGAGAGUCCUGUUUCGCAUAGUGAGAAAGCGGUGCAUGGCUUUGAUGAUCCCGAUUGUGGAUGCCAUCGGCACGUAUUCGGACAAGAUGACUUUACCGCCAGGUGACAACGGGACCGCGAACACGCCGGACGCCUACGCCGCGCACUAUGUCCGCAGCCUUGCGGCGGCGAUGGAUGGUUUCUGUCAAAAUCGAGACUGUACCUGUGUCAACGCCAAAAUCACCACCCAACCGGGCUCUUUGCCUUCCAGGGCAUAUCGUUUUGGACAGGAUCCCUCGUCAUUAGGCGAGGCAACCUGGGUCUUUCACCGCUUUCGGCGCUGUGUUGGGCCUGCAGCUCUUCUGAACACCAUAUUGGCGGGGGAUCUCUCGGACUGCCGAAGUAAAGUCAUGCGCACGACAUGGGCCAUCAUGAGCCCUCAGGCGAUGGCACUGGAUAUUUUUUCGACCGGGGUCAAGAAACGCGAGUGUGGGUAUGAUAGCGGCAAGACAGGCGGGUUCAUUAUGAGUGCAGAGGAACUCGCAUGCUCCUCCACACGAAAGCUUGUGUCAAACUAUAUCCUUUUACCGAAACGCGACGACCUCAGAACAUUCCUACGGGCUGCGUUUCGUGGACCACGACCCGAAGUCGCGUGCGCGUACGAUAGGUGUAUCACAGCAGAACAAAACGUCUUUCUUUCGGGAUACAGAUCCUUCUGGAAAGACAGAAUCGCGCCGCCCAGCCCACCGGUACAGAAGUGGUCAUCGACGUCGAAAUAUUGGUACUCCCACCUUACCCAAAAGGACCCCGGCGGCGGCACGGAUUGGUGUAAUGUACCAGGCGACGCCGACAAGGAUCCUCUUGGCGUACAGCUCGUCGAAGCAUUGCUCGACUCGGACGUGUCGUUUAGUCCCCUGUCAUCGCCAGCACCGGCCACACCAUCACCUACGUACGACGUGAUGAAGUCUCGCCGUACCCUUUCCCCGCAUUUCCAACAGAGUGUUUUCGAGGCUUUUCAAAAAGACGAACAGGCUACCGCGUCGUCCUCGUCCGCGUCGGCAUCGACGUUCCAAAUAGGUGGCCCAGUUCGUCGUCGUGUGAUUGCCCUCCCUCCCAGCUGGCCGUCACCCUUGUAG